AUGACUGGGUCCUGCUUAGCCUGGUCACAAUCUCGAUUAAGUCCGCCACUAAUAGCAGUAGGCAGCGCUUCUUUGGGCGACAGUCAACAUCCAGGUGAAGUAGGUGAAUUGAAUCACUUAUCGGGGCAAGAGUCUGAAGUUGCACCCAAUCACGGCAAGCUUAUCCUCCUUGAAUACAAUGAGAAUUCUCGUCGCUGGAGUCUAGUCCAAGACAUCGUGGACAUCAAGGAUUCUGUAUAUGAUGUAGCCUUUGCCCCCAGUAUGGGCCAAUCCUAUCAAGUGCUUGCUGUUGGUUCUGAAGGCCUACUCAUUCUACUUGUCCAAUCCGUCUCUGCUCCACAAGUCGCUGAGGGCGGGGUUAAUACGCCUGGCGUAUACAAUGUCUCAGUGAUGGCACGAUUUGAAAAUAAUGGUGGUCGCGUGUCUCGAGUCGCUUGGAACUUCCAAGGUAACAUUCUUGCCUCAGCUGGAGACGAUGGUACAGUACGUCUCUGGUGCUCCAACUACCUGAAAGCCUGGUUCCCAAUGGCCAUUGUCCGUCCGGGCGAGGUUAGUCUCCCUAUUCCACCAUCUUUCCUCAGUGCAGCAGCUACAAUCAAUUCAAUAGAGCAGUCGCACAGUUUUCUCCGUGGUUCCUCUGCUGCUCAAGCUGCUUCUGCAGCAACAGACAAGCCUAGACAACAGCAACAAUCUUCAAAUGCUACUGAAAUCAGUAGUGGCAAUACUACGGCUCCUGUGACAAUGUCUACCAUCUCUUCGGAAGCCUCAAUCGAGUCGGCUUUAUCGGCUGGUAAGUGGGCGACUCUGCGCGAAAGCAAUGAUUGGUGUUGGUGGUUUAGGUACGGUGAUUGGACCCAGUGA